UUGUUUCCCCCGUUUUCCUAUUCUAGGGCCCGAAAAGUGGUCAAUCUUCGCGUUUUUGAGGACUCGGAGACGGGCAAGCGUUGGAACAAAUGUGUCAAGGAUGUAGACGGAGAAAUUCUCUGCGUCAGUCAGUUCACGCUGCACUCCAUGCUCAAGGGCAAUAAACUGGAUUUUCAUCGGGCGAUGGCUCCAGAUAGCUCGAAAGCUACCUACGAGAACUUCCUUGAGUUGGUGCGCAAGGCCUACAACACCAGCAAGGUGAAAGGUUAG